GCGCGCGCCCCAUCAGCUGAUUUUUGUGUCCGGUUCGGCGAGUCAUGCCGUUUCUUCCGGUCCGAUGCAGACCGCCGUUUCAGUAUCCGCGGGAUCGACGGCGAAGAUGGUAGAUGAAGCUGGUGACAGGGAUGAAACCUCUAAUGUUGCCAUUAUUAGGGAAGUGUACGACAGUGAAAAUGCUCACGAGACAUUUGAAUACGAGCUAGAGCGAGCGCUGGAGUCGGAAUGCAGCUUAAUUGUUAUCGAGCCGUCGAAAUUAGGUGAUGAAACCUCCAGAUGGAUAGCAGUGGGAAAUUGUCUUCAUAAAACUGCCGCGUUGUCGGGUCUUGCUGCGAUUGUCACAGGACUGGUCUGGGGCGAUCGGCCAUACAUCUGUGGUCCACUAGGUUUUACAUCGGUCAUAACCUGCGGAUUAUACACAGUCUCUUGGCAAUUUGAUCCCUGCUGCCAGUACCAAGUGGAGACUGAUACCAGUAAAUUACCGCACGUUGAGCUAUUAGCUGUUCUAGGUCCGUCGUCUCCGACGUUUCUCGUAAGGAAAGAUGAUAAGAGGAGACGAAUUCUUCAUACAACUAUUACAUUAGCAGCCUUUGGCAUUACCGCCUGGAGAGUGUAUCAGGCGUUCAAGUGAAAAAAAUUAUGACUAGCAUCGGUUUUGACUUAAGCCAGAAUAAAACGCUAAGGUAGGCCACACGAUGUUGAGUUUCAUAGUAGUAGGCCUACAGAAUUCCUUGGCUGAAUGAAACGCGCGAACCCGUUUAUUCUGAUGCCGCGGUAUAUUGUGACACAAAGUAUUCUCUCAUUUUGAUGAUUGACUUGUAACACUUUUUGAUACUACCUCGCAGGUAAAUGCUGCUUAUGUAAUGAUUAAACCACAUAAAACGAGAUUUAAUUCGAGCUUUUACAUUGGCGUGUAAUUGGAGAUAUUCUUUGCGAUUGUGACAAAAUUUUUCCAAAUAACUAUUGUACGAAACUGAAAAGACCAUAUACAUGCAGUCUCCAUAAUGAAGAAAAAGAAAUAUUGACAUAAGUGUUCUUAGAAUCAUUAAAAAGAAUUAAAUUACAACGGUACAUAUGGAAUUAGCAUAUUUCUGUAUUUUUAGACUGUAAAUAAAAUAGGUAGAAAGAGAAUACAAUACGUAUGACAUGUCAAGGGGUAUAUUGCCUAGAUUCUCUCACCCAACAGAACAAUCUAUGUUGAACUAGUAUGAUAUCGGAAAGAUAUGUUGACCAUAUAUAAACUCAAUGUAAUUUUAGAUUUUAUUAUUUUAUUAAUCAUAAAUAUAUAGAAUAAGAUACUUUUUCCAUCAUAAAUGCGUGUACGAAACUCAUUUGCAUCUGUCCCGCCAAAUGAAAGUCU